AUGCUCUUACCUCUGGGACCUCUCUUUCUUUACCUUUAUAUCGCAGCCACAGGUGCUCACAGCCAUGCUGAAAAACUGCGGCGUGUCGACGAAGGCUCUUUCGGAAUCAAUGCUGUCUUCGACUAUGUUGUCGUUGGCGGCGGCACUGCAGGGGUGACUAUAGCCUCUCGCUUGGCUGAAAAUGGACACAAAGUCGCACUUGUCGAAGCUGGAGACUUCUACGAAACAACUUAUCCGCUAGCAAAAAUCCCUGGCAUGGCCAUCGUCGGUACUGGGGCGGAUGUGCGGACAGCGACACCCAUUGACUGGAAACUUGUUGCGAAAGCUGUGCCCGGUGCCAACUAUCGUGAUAUACACUAUGCCAGAGGCAAAUGCGUGGGGGGAUCAUCGGCACAAAACCUCAUGAUAUACAAUCGGCCUGAUACUGGCACGAUGAAGCGCUGGGCUGAGCUCGUUCAGGAUAAUAGUUAUACCUUUGACCGAGUCCUUCCCUUCUUCCAGCGUACUCCCGCCUUCGUACCUCCAGAUAAUGCGGAACGUCCGCCCAAUGCCUCGGCGGGCUACGACCCAGCUGCUUUCAUCGAGGGUGGGCCAUUACAGGUGUCUUACCCCCUGGAUAGCGUUGCGUUCUCGAGUUGGAUGCAGCGCGCGAUGCAUGCCAUCGGUGUUGUCGAGACCCCCGACUUUAACAGGGGCACGUUAUCCGGAGCUCAGUAUUCUAGCCUAACCAUCUGCUCGUCUGAUAGAACCAGGAGCAGCUCAGAGGCCUCUUUUGGACAGAGUGAUGACGAUCUAUCCAAGGUUAAGCUAUAUACGAGAACGAUGGCUAAGAGAAUUAUCUUCGACGCCACUAAGAGAGCGACAGGGGUGGUGGUUCGGACCGAUCAUUUGACAUCAAUGUAUACACUACAAGCCACACGCGAGAUCAUAGUUUCGGCAGGUACAUUUCAUAGUCCACAACUUCUGAUGGUAUCGGGCAUUGGGCCCGCGGAACUUCUGGGCGAGCAUGAUAUACAGCAAAUCGUCAAUCUCCCUGGUGUCGGACAGAAUAUGUGGGACCACAUCACGUUCGGACCUACAUAUCGAGUCGCAAUGCAGACUCUAGCUAGUGUCCCAACGAGGCCUGGAUAUCUGGCACAACUAAUUCGCCAAUACACCACUGAGCGAAGAGGACUGUUGACGAACCCAGGCGGCGAUUACAUGGGGUUUGAAAAGAUUCCAGAGCACUUGCGGGGAGGCUUUUCCGACGAGACAAACCAGAACCUAUCGUGGUUCGCUCCCACCUGGCCGGAAGCGGAGUAUCUCUCCGCGGCCCUUUACAUAGGUGACUAUGCGGACCCUUUCUUCAGGCAGCCCACAGACGGCGCACAAUAUGCUACCAUUCUAGGCAUAUUACUCGUAUCCACAUCUCGCGGAAACGUCACAAUAUCUUCUAGCGAUACAGACGAUCUCCCCAUCAUCAACCCAAACUGGCUUGCAACAGAGUCAGAUGCACAAGUCUGUGUGGCCAUAUAUCGACGACUUCGUGAGGCAUUUCGAGCCAUUGCUCCUAUUGUGGUUGGAGACGAAUACUUCCCUGGCAAUCAAUUCCAGACUGACGAUCAGCUCCUUGAUGUCAUUCGAAACACCGUCAUGACCAUCUAUCAUGCUGCCUGCACAUGCAAGAUGGGGACCAGCUCCGAUCCCAUGGCAGUCGUGGACAAUCGAGCGAGAGUGUUUGGGGUUAGUGGGUUGAGAGUGGUGGACGCGAGUGCGUUUCCGCUCCUACCCCCAGGACACCCCCAAUCAGUUGUUUGUAUGUGGCUUCUCAGUCAAUUCUUUAGGGGUAUGCCGUCAUACUGA